AUGGGGAAUCCGGAAAAUCGUUCCUGGACAUUCAAAACUGGCGGGAAUGGGUGCCUGGAUUGGCGCCGACCGACCCGCGGCCUUUGUUAUGUAAACAGGACCGCGCAGGCGUAGCUUUGAUCCGAGCCUUACGUUUGUAUGUACAAAGCGAGAUCACGAACCUUGUAACCUGUCAGCCUGCCUGCCAGGUCUUGCCAUACUCUGCAGGCAUGCCGUUUUUUGACAUGAAAAGCGGGCCAGUGCGCAAACUUUUUGCGGGCUUGUGCCAAACAUAUAGGCCCGCCGGAAGUUUAUUGAGUAGCGCCUGAACGACAGAAGAGGGCGAGCCGCCAAGCGCAGCGGGCUUUUGAGGCGGUCGCCGGUUUGGAUUCUGGCGAGCCCCUUGUGCUGCUCGAAAGCGCGCGCAGACAAAUCGUGCGCGAAAUGAAAGUGCCAGGGGGCCAAUCAAGUCGCGCGGUAGGUGUGGGGCACGCUUUCCGCCUCUCUUCGCGCGCCCCCUGGGACAAUCGAAGGCCUGGGUUGUUGGUGCCGCUGACUCGUGAGAGAGGCGUUGGCGCUUGCGCCAAUAUUCCAUGCGGCCGACCAUCUCCCGGCAGUGCGCUCGUCCGAGGGCGCCGCUUGGUGGGCUUGACCGCUGGGCCAGUGGUUGCCUGCGCAUUUUUAUGACCGCGGGGAGGGACGUAGGCUCUCGGGCUGCUUACUAUCGUCAAGACCUGGUUUGCACUCCCCAGAAGAUGAAGCUACGCGGGCGCCUCUGUUUGCUUUUACACAAAGCGGAUGACGAAUACUCUUCCACGGUCGCAGCCUACUGGAGUCCAGAAACAAACGACGCAUACGACGCAUGCCGUAUUUUUAUUGUGUGCGAAUAUCUACGAUCCAUAAGAUCUUCAACGCGUUAGAUCUGUGAGUUCCUUGUUGGUGAACCGGUACCCUUGUCCUCUUGGAACGCGAUGUCACAUUUCUAAGCGAGCACUCCCAUCCUGUCCUCGCUAGGUCUACUCCAUCGGGUAGAGAGGUGCUUGAUGGUGGGACGGCAAGGGCUCAAGUGUUGUUCUUAUCUGCGCGCAUAGCUAAUUAUCUACGAGGGAAAAAGAGAAAGCCAAUCAAAUCAAAAGCAAACAGGUAAAGUGUGGCCCUCUCAAACCAAAAACAAAAACUAGUUAACCGCUGCUGGCAUUAUUCGCGACAUCCAUAGUUAACCGCUGCGGUGCGCUCGCUAAUCCAUGCAUCGAGGCGGGUGGAGAUUAACUCCCAACGCCCGCUCUCCCAAUGCUCCACCGGGCGAGAUUCAUGCUAGGCCAUGGCCAAGGUGCGCGGCAUGUUCAGCCAGUGCAUGCACUGGAGAUCAUGCCCGCAAACCAGGGCCAUGCUGCCCGUUCUCUACACCUCUCUAUCUUUCCCCGGGGCUGGCUUUCAGAUACCCGCCCAUGCGAGUAUCUAAGAGCCAGUCGCCUCAGGAAGAUAUACCCUGAGCUUCUGCAUCUGCUUCGCGCAGUGAGCAUGCCCUCUGUGGAGGGGCGAUUGCGUGGAGCAGAAGCUCAAGGCAGCGACGCACUGGGCUCACGCGGGGCCGGUAUCGCAAGGGACCACGCAACACGUUUCCGCGGGGAAACAUGCCGCGACGGGGACCUUCGGACGCGACGCAGGGCAUUUUCUGAGGUAGAGAGCGUCGCUGGGGACCACGCGGCACGCUUCGGGCGAAGCGUGUCGCGACGGGGACCUACGGAGAGACACGACACGAAGCUCAUAGUUUCGCCGUCGCGUCGGCAGGGACCGUAUAUACGCUUCGCUUGAAGCAUGCCCCAAUGGGGACCCAGGAGGUAGCACCAAGCUCCUGUGGAGAGGGUGCCUGGGUCACACAGCAGGCUUCGUGGAAGCGUGGCGCGACGGGGGGACCACAGAGCGGACACCAAACCCUUGCAGGGUUAGUGUCGACAGGGACAGGGACCGCGCAGCACGCUUCGUAAGAAGCGCGCCCCGAGGGGGACCUGCGGAGACCAACACACCACGCCGAGCCGUGGUGGAGUUGAUGUCGACGGGGACCACGAACACGCUUCGCAAAAGCGCGUCGCGAUGGGGACUUACGGAGACACGCGACGCCAAGCCUGCAGCGAGUUUGCAACACGCGUCGGCGGGGACCACGUGGCACGCUUCGCUUGAAGCGUGCCGUGAUGGGGACCUACGGUCUCGUCUGGAGGCGGCGCGAGGGCCACGCGGCGUGCUUCUGCUUCGUAGAAGCCCGCCGCGAUGGAGACCUCUCGGGCCGACACCAACCAUGCCUUGCGAAGUUGGUGCCGGAGGGGACCACACAGCAUGCUUCGCAAGAAGCGCGCCGCGAUGGAGACCUGCGGAGACGACACCAAACUCCCGCGGAGCUGGUGUUGACGGGGACCACACAGCACACUUCGCCUGAAGCGUGCCAUGGUCGGGACCUACGAGGCAGCACAAAGCGCCCCUGCAGGUGGAGGUGCCACAGCGCCGAGCAGCAUGCUUCGAAGAAGCGCGCCGCAGUGUAGACCUGCGGAGCCGACACCAAGCCCCUGCGGACUUGGUGGCAACGGGAACCACGCCGCACGCUUCGUUCAAAGCGUGUCGGGCGCGGGACCUGUGGAGACGACACCAGGGAGCUCCUACUGCGGAGCUGGUGUCGACGGGGACCACGCAGCGCACCUAGCCAGAUGCGUGCCGUGAUAGGGACCGGCGCAGCGUGCUUCUCUCGAAGCGUGCCGUCACGGACACGCGAGCACACGGCGCCAGGCCUCUGUCCGAGGCGCUGGCGCUGUGCGGCAGGGGGCGCACGCGCUGCCAUGUCGUGCAGAUCUGCGCACAGCAGCAGCACUACCUUGGCUUGCGUGUCGCGCGCCCUCACUUGCUGCUCGCGCAAGUGGGACUCAUUGAUUUGUUGAGCGCGGCUUGCGGCCACGCCCCAACUGGGGCGCGGGUCGCGUGGCGGAGUGCGGUAACGCGCGUCGUCAUUGGAGUGCACCUGCUUGCCAGCACAUCCAACAAAGACCUCCCGGGCGUGCAGCUCGGCUUGCGCCGCAGCACAGCCCGGGAAAGCGUUUCCGAAAACUCUCGUGCGCGCCUUCACUGGAGUGCACCUGCGUGCCAGCGCCUCCAGAUCCGACCUCCCGGGCGUGCACCUCGGCUUUCGCCGCAGCACCACCCGGGAGUGCGUGGCAGAGUAUGGCCGGCGCGUCUUCACUGGAGUGCACCUGCGUGCCAGCACCUCCAGCUUAGACCUCCAAGGCGUGCACCUCAGCUCUCGCUGCAGCACCACCCCGGAGUGCGUCGCAUACAUCUGCCGCCUCGCGCGCCUUCACUGGAGUGCACCUGCUUGCCAGCACCUCCAGAUCCGACCUCCCGGGCGUGCACCUCGGCUUUUGCCGCAGCACCGCCCGGGAGUGCGUGGCAGAGUGCGAUCUGCUCGUCUUCGCUGGAGUGCACCUGCGUGCCAGCGCCUCCAGCUUAGACCUCUAGGGCGUGCGCCUCAGCUUUCGCCGCAGCACCACCCCGGAGCGCGUCCCGCACAUCUGCCAUGGCUACUCUCUUUUAUUUUUUUUUUUGGUGAUAAACGGCGCAGGGCCGCCGCGGGUGUGUACUUAUUCCAAAGCCAGACCGUGCAACACCACACGCAGAGGGGAAACGACAACACGCGCCCGGCGCGCGCCGUUGCCCCUACAGCGGUGUCGCUCCCGUUAGCUGGCAGCGCUUAACCUCAUUUCGCUAUUGAUCGAUAUGUUGGACGCGAAAUACCAAAUAAAAUAGUUCGCAUGCGUGACGCUCUUGCAUUCCCCCCUAAAUUCUCAAAACUUGACUUUUAUUGUUUGCGUUUUCCUGGCUGUUUAAUGUAUGCCCGGGCAGCAGGAGUCUUGUGAGCCUGUGAGCCAAGGCUGAAUUGUUUCAUUUAAUAUUGCCCCCGCCCUCGCCUCGUUAUGGUGCCCAGGGCUUCGGGAUGUAGAUAGUUGCCAAGCCCUCGGGGUCUGUGAUUUUUGUCCCUCCCGCCGCAUUGCGUGUGUGUUUUUGGUUGAGAUUUGUAUUUUGCACCAGGCGGCUGCGCGGAUCGAUCUCGAUAGAGUCUCGCGCCUAUAAACGGACAGAGACCCUUGCCAUCCUUCUAGCCCUAGAGGCGUAGGCUAGGCCUGCCAUCGAGCCGCUCCCGUAGGCUCAGCCAGAGGCCCCCGGGGCGGCGUCUGGCGUUAUUGGCUGGCUAUCGGAUUCGGGAUUUUCGAAAAUCCCAGAGCUGUGGCGGCUUGGUUUUGGGCCAGGCAUGUGCCCCUUGCCCGGGCCCCUCCAGCCGGGGCCCGUGUGUCUCUUUAUAGGCGCCCCGCCGGUGUUUCUCUUGGUGCCGCCGUUUUUUUGUUCCCCGGGUUUUGUGCAGCGCCGGCCCUCCGGGAGGCGUCCGGCGGAGCCUAGGGCGAGAGGUUUCCGGGAUGGGCUUCGCGCUGCGAUUUUUCGAAGCGUGGCGAGCGUGUCUUCUUUGGUAUUUCGCAGCCCCCCGGGCCGGGUCCCGCAAGGAGCGGGCGCGCGCCCUCUGCCGUGGUGGUUCUGUUUGGUUUGGGUUGCGUUGCGCCCGUGAUUUGCGACGUCAUCCGGCCAGGCGCAGGCGGCUCGAGUUGUUCCGGCCGUUUCCUCGUUUUGGGAACCCGGCCACCAGUUCGAUCGGAUGAACCCAUCCCGUCGAAGCAUUCGGAUGGGCCCAAAAUUUUCGGGAUUCCACCGCGCCCGGCAGGGGGGAGCGUCUUCGAUUCGGCGGGGGGGGGUUCUGUUUUCCCGUGGAAAACAUCGGAAAAGGGCCCCCGGCGGGCCAAUGGAAGGGCUGCAAUAAAAGUCGGGAGGGCGGCAAAAGAGUCGCAGGCCCGAUCUGAAUAGAAGGCCAAGAAAAGGAGUUCCAUCAGUAGACCCCUAAAUAGAAGGCGGAGGAGCAGCCGGAAAAGAAGCCCCAAGAAAAGGACUUCCCGGGAUCUGCUUCGUUUUUCCCUGUGCCGUGUUUCGCUGGCGUUUUUUUUUUUUUGUUUUUUGGGUUUCGUUUUUUGAAAUUUGGCCGGGAAAUUUUGUCGGGGGGGGGCGCCCCGGUGUCUCGCCCUCCCCUUCGGCGAGCAGCCGCCCGCAGAUAGAAGGCGUCGGGACAUUGAGCCGCGCCGCCCGCGGCCUUCCCAGUUCGCCGCCCCGGCCCUUCUUCAGGUUUUGGCAAGAGAUUCGGAAUGUGCAAAACCCCCGCCCGCCAGCCUUUCCGUUGGCUCUCCGUUUGCCCGGGAGGUCAGCCGUGUUCUUCGAUCUGUGUCAAGUGGGGCCGGCCUCUUUUCCUUGGAUUCCGUGUCUUUGCAAAUCCCGACGCCGAUUGUCAAUCGAUAACCUACGCCACCGCCCCGGGGCCUCUGGGUGGCCGCGCCUCCGACGGCCAGCCCGCGCGGUUUGAUGCCAUGAGGGGGCAGCUGCGCCGUGUGAACCCAAAAGGCCUGGCGCGGCCCCCAGUUCCGGUUGUUACCGGUCGCGGUGCCGCCGUGAAUUGUUUGGGGCAGGCGCUGCCAUGUGUGGCGAACGAAAGCCAAAACGCUCGCAAAGCUGCACAGCCGAACGCGGGCGCUUUGCCGUGGCAGCUCCGACAUGGAGGGCCCUGCCGUAUGCCUUGCCCCGCCCUUUUACAGAACGCCCACCGGGGCCCCCGCACCCAAUGGCGCCGAAGGCGCUAAGGUGGCCGGCCCAUGUCCUUCGCCCUGUGUUCGGACCCCCACCUUUCCGAAAGGCCGCAGGAGUUCUUCUGGUUGCCGCUUUCGCGCGCGCGGGCGCCCCGCCCGCCCCGUGCCUCCUGGAAGCCCGUGCACCGAUGUGAACGGAAUUCGGCCCGGCCGCCGGUCCGGUCCCGUGCGUCCGAGGCUGACCGGCCCUGAACAGUUUGCCCGAGCCCGCCGUGGCGCCCCGGCGGGCCCCUACUUGGUUCUGGGGUAAGACUGCUGCCACGCGACAGGGCGCUCGGGUUUGACUUUGGCCGCGGGUUUUGACGUUGUCUGGGCGCUCGCUGUGUUGCUGGCCCUUCAGAUGAAUUUCGCCUGGGGGUGUUCUGAUUCGCCGGCCGGGCGGCCUUUGGCUGCACUUUGCCCGAUCCAACCGCAGGCAUAUUCGCCGCCGCCCGAUUUUCUUUGGAUACCCACCAGGCGGCUGCGCGCCUGCAGGCAUCCAUGCUGCCAAUUGGGCGACUGCCUGGUGGACUGGCAGACGCCGAAAGCUGCGGCAUCUUGCCCGGCAGACUGCCGGAGAUGUUGACCAAGCAAAUCGGUCCCACGGCGGGGCAUAUCGCUGGACUGCAGCCCAGCAGAAGAUCGCCUCUGUCGCGCUGCGUGCCGAGUGCCUUGCGCGCGAAGUUUUUUUUUCUGAUUGCGGGGUGUGUAGGGCACAUUGAAGCACAGUAUUGGGACCCGAGCGAAUCGGUUGCCUGGCGGGUCGCUGGGGAGAGUGCGAGCCUAACCGGGGCCGGCAGGGCUGUGUUGCAGCUCAGAGCCCCCGUGCGCACAUUAUCGUGCGCACUGCCGUGCUCGGCCCCCGCCGCCCCGCAGGGUGGCGCGCACCGCUUCGAUCCAUUUCAUUUGAAAGGAGAGCGCUGUCGCUGUUCGUGUUGUGUGGCAGUGCAUGCGCUGCGAUAACCGACCACAGGCUACUCACUCAAACAGGGCUCCGGGCCGGAUUGGAGGAAGCGAGGACGCGAAGGGCGGCCGUGCAGCGAAGUCAGAGAGGUAUUGGUCUUUGUUCGGUGUUGCUGUUUGUGUUUUCUUUCGGACGCGAGUGAUAGAGAAAAGCGCGCAGCGCCGGCGCUGCCUUGUUUGUGAUUGAAAGCCAGGGCCUACCCGGGAAAAUUGGGAAAACAGGCUGCCCCGGGGUAUUAAAAAUCUGAGGAAUUUGAUUGCAACAGCAGGCCCCGCUAGGCGUUUGGCACAAUCCUGCGGAAGGAUUUCUGUGUAAUUUGCGCCCAUGCCGGUGUAGCACGGCGCCGGAAGGCCGCCGGGGGGCGGAGGCCGCAUGCACACGCCCUGCGAGCUACUGAAAGGAAGGCGCCAACCCGGCUCCGCGAUCGCCCUCGCCCCCCUUUCUUAGCCGCGCCAGCGGGCCGUGCGCUGGCCGCCGCCGCAUGCGGGGGCCCGCGGGGCGGCUUUUGUGCCGAUGCCUGCUCCAAAAAUGCCGCCGCCCCAACGGCGCCGCGCCCUGGAAAAUGAGAAAGCCAGGAGGUACGCCCGGAGCGCCGCGCGCCCCCGCCCCCCACAUAGACACAGGUAGCCACUACGUUGCCGCGCACCGGUAAGCCGGCCUUGCAUAGAAAAACAAAAAAGCCCGAAAGACAUCGGCGCCUGGACCAUAUCGCCAGGCGCGCCGGGGCAUUAGGAUUCACUCAGGAGGCGCUCGCAGCGCCCGAAGAAAAAAGUGGCGCAUUCAGUGUGGGCGGCGAAUUGCAGUCAGAACGGCGCCGCCCACACGGAGAGCCGCUAGGCCGCGCAUGGCGCACACAGAAUGCACCGUGGGGCGCGCGGCAACGUGGCUGCGUGAUUCCAUCGCCCAAACAGGGUCCCGCAGUGCGAGCGAACUCCGCGCGCCUUUAAGGUGGUUUGCUAGCUGCUGCGGGGGGCCGAUUAUCCACGCAGGCAAAUGCGAUGGCGCGCGCAAGGCAUUUGCAAACACCCUCCCGGCGCCUGUUGCGAAGGGGCGCGCGGCUCGACACCACCGCCAGCGCAGGAUGAAGCAAGCCAGGACAGAAAGGGCGAAGGCGCUGCUUGCGGGCAAUUCUUUUCCGGGCUUCGCGCCGCGCCGCGGUGUCGUACCUAACUAAGCCUGCUCGCGCCCUUGAAUAAAAGAACGCGGCCGCGCGCACAGUGUGAAGCAUUUCGCGCUUCGGGUGGCGGAUUGUGGAGGGGAUCCCCCCCCGCGCACGGCAGCGCGCGGGGGGGCCGCGUGCUUCUAUCGCUUUCGCGGACCGGGGCGCAAACAACUACGAAAGAGCGCGCAGCGCGCGACUAGAAUUAGCUGGCUGAACUUCGCCAGGCGAAAUCCCAAAAAGGCCCGGCCGCCCGCCCGGGGAAAAUGAAUCAAUGGGAGCGCGGUUUUCAUAACGCCAGAGGACUUCGCCGUGGCACUUAGUUUGCGGCCCGUGAGCACAGGCGCCACCGCCCUAGUGGCCGCCCGGAGCAGCGCGCGCGGUUUUUGUUCGGUCGCCGGGGCUUGUCCGCCUGCGUAGGCUCGCGCAGGGGAAUGCGGCGCAGGGCGCGCAGCGCUUGCGCAUGCGCAUCGUGCGGCAGGUAUGGGCCCGCCAGCGCCAUUCACCUGGCAUUGAAAAGCUUCCUUCCGGCGGCGUGCGCGCAUGGGCUGGCCAGGGAGGGCCAUGGUGGAGAUGCGUCGAAGGGCCCGCCGGCCGUUGUGUCGCGGGCGUUGUUCUAUUGGGCGGGCUCGUAGGCCAGGGCACCCGGCGCGGAACUUUGAACCCCACGCCCAGGCUCCCGGCCCAAACGGGGCCCGCGCUCUCGGACCGGAGCCAGCUUGGCCGGGCGGCGGCGGUUCGGUAUGGCGAGCCCCUUUUGAAGAAAUAAUGGAAACCCCGCGCCGCAAGUGUGGCGAAGUAAGUCUUGCAGUCAAUUUGCGGCCGCAAGCUUCUCGGCGCGCCGGCGCCUGAAUUGCAGCCAGCACUGCGCACGUUUGCCGGCCAGCAUUCGAUGGCAGCCCGGGAAGUGUGGGGCAUCGGCCCCUUUGGCGGUUAUCGCAAGGCGGGAAGAGGGCCGGCACGCAGCACGGCGCGGCGGCUGUUUUUGCAGUUGCCAGCAGCAGCCGCGGCGCCUGUUUAGAUUCCAGAGGAGUUGCAUCGUGGGAAGGCCAUGGCGGUGCUCUAGAAGUGCCCUCGCGGCCUGUCGCCUGGACGCCGCUGCGCCCUGUUUCGCUGCGCUGCCUAACUUCUUAGAAAAGUGGGCGCAUCGGUUUCGUCAACAUGGAUGUGAGGGAACGAAACUCCACAGAGCGUCAGGCGCGGCGCGAACAAUUCGGCGCACUCAUGGACGAAAGGCAGGCGAGGACCCGGGACAGGGCAGCGCCAUUGCGGGAGCGAUUUAAUCCGGAAAUCCGCGCGCCGCCAUAACCCUAAACCCAAACCAUAA